CGGCUCACACUUCUCACACAGCAGACACACGGCACACACACACACACACACACACACACUCUCUCUCUCUCUCCAGGUGAACAGCAUGGAGACCAGGACUAAGAGAACAUGGAUGUUUGUGUAUGGCUUCAUGGAGCUCGUGUGUGUUGCCUGUGUAGAAAACCUUGUCAACCCCAGAUCUACCCGGUGAAGACACUGUGCCACUUCACACAAGGAGAAAGAACACAGAAACUAUCACAGGUCUUUGAACUUCAGUGAAGAAAGCCACUAAUGGACACAAUGCUUGGAGCUUCAGUGAAAAGACUGCGUGUGUUCACUAGGACGAUGAAGUCUCCAUCUUCAAAAUGUCAUCCACUCAUUUUCAACAUAUCAGAGAGAGACAAGAUCAUCUCAUAACCCUCAUGGAUCCACUUUGGUGUGCAACAGAACAUCCUUUUCAAGGUGGGCCACCAAGAACACACAUUUCAUGUUUUGAUGGCCACCAAACCUCUCAACAUGACCACCAACAGGCGCAUGUUAAGCAAAACCCAUUAGGGGAUCGGUGCAUACUGGGCUGUCUACGGCUCUGGAUCUUCAAACUUCAGUUCUUAUGUUUGGAAGACUCCUGGAGUGGCACAACCACAUGCAGAAAUAUCACUGUAGUGCUUAAGCUCACAAUUCUCCAAAGACCUCAUGCCCUAGGAUUGACCUGUCUAACACUUCAGAGCCCUACCGGGAUCUGAUGAGGGCAUUCGCUCAGAGCAAGGUCUCCAUUUUUACCCCAGAAUAAACCGUCACCACGUGACUGUAUAAUUAAAGAAUCUCCAGAAGCAAAUCAUGUUAAUUCAUUCCUCAUCACCACCUGUGGUGUACGGACGUGAUGCAGGGUAUUGAGAAAGGCCCAUAACAUUUGAUUUUGCAGAAUUAUAUUUGUGUCCUCUUGCACAGUGUGUCCUAGAGAGCAGAAGACUGGGUUUAUAACACCCUGCGAGAAUAUUUGAUGGUGUCAUUGGCGUAAGCAACCCGACACAGCACAGACAGUGAUUGUGGUCAUCAACCUUUAUCACGAAUACAGUGCACUGUCAAACAGUUCUGAAUCAUCGAUUUGUAUAACUCGAUAAGACCUAAUCUCAUGUAACUUUCUAGGAUGAUGCAUUUCCCAAACAGGCAAUGUCAGAGACUCAAUCAAGGUCAAGGCCACCAUCCUGUGAUGCUCAAACAGCCUCGAGUCCACUCUCCUCAGUCGUGUUCACUCGGUCCGGAGUGGGUCUGGAAGCUGUGCUGCCAUGUGAAUGGGGCUCACACAACGACGUGUCAUCUGCAACACCGUAUAUCCAGUGGCAGACUCUGAGAAACAUGGUGUUCGAGCGAAUGGGCCCUGCACAGUUUCAGGCCGAGGCUUACCAAAACCGCACUGACGUUCCCGAGGCCGUGCUGGCGAGAGGGAACUGCUCCCUGCAUUUGAGUGACAUCCGCUUUAGCGAUGCAGGAAUCUAUGAGUGUUAUCUGGUGGUUGGGAAGUCAGGCAGCAAGCAGAGGAUUUUCAUCCAGAGUGUGCAGCUCUCUGUUCUCGACCACAAGAGCACUCGGGUUGUGGAAAUGGGGAAAGACCUGACCCUUGACCUCUAUACAAGCCAGGCCGAGACUGUGGUGUUCCAGAGCUCCAACGGUGAUGAGUGGAGAGAGCUGUGGAAGCGACAGGGAAACAGUUCUCGGGUGGAGAAGAGAGACAGGAAACUUGUUAUCAGGAACGUGAGAGCCAGCGAUGAAGGAAUAUACAAAGUGAUUGACGGUGAAGGACUCGCGCUGAGCACGGUCAAGGUUUCUGUUCAAGAACCUCCUCGACCCACAAGGACAAAUAUGGUGGAAAAACGUGUUUCAUUCGAAAGCAGUGUUGGCGUGAACUCUCCCUCUCUCUCUCUCGGUUUUCUCCUCAUCAUGCUCCUGUAUCUCCUCUGACCCUGAAGCUCAUGAUGAUGAUGUUGAUGAUGAUGACCGUGAUGGGGUCGAGUGAUGAGCUUCAGGUCAUCCCACACACUGAGUCCUGCAGCGGCUCAGUAACCACAGGGUUAACGGUGCAGUCUCAGGGCAUGACGGAGCAAGUGCACUAGAGUUAUGCGCCCUAACCCCUUAUUUGCUCCAGAGGUGCUGUUGAGUGAAACCUGUCUUGCAAUCAUUAUGUAAAGUGAUUUAUUUUAGUGUUACGGUGUUAGUGUUGGAAUAAUUGAAUUAGUACUUCUUAUGGAAAUUCUGUUAACAGACUUCUUUGAAAGGUAUUUACAUUAAAAACAUACAUAACCAUACGAUUUAGAAAAGCUUUACACCUAAAGAGGUGACAUCAAAGUUUUUAUGUAGUGUGGCUUUUUUGCUUUAUUUUAUUAUUAUUAUCAGCGCAUUUGUGGAGUAUGAAGUGUUGCAUUUCUAUUCAUGGAGAUGAAAUGAAAGAAAACAGGGAUAUCAGGAUAUGAAUACGUAAUUCAGAGUGUACAUAUAAUGAGUUUGUAAACAGAUGUAAAUAGAGAUACAAGUAAGAGGACUUUCUUAUGAGAAAGUUUCACACAGCAUCAGGUUGAGACUCGAGGUGUGUUAGGACUCAGAUCCCACAGGAGGCAAAAGAAAAAUGACUCGAGAUUAGGUUUUUACUUUUUAUUAAAUGCCACGCCCUCUUUGGGUUUAAAUCCCACUACAAACACAGAUUUUUUUUCAAUUAUAUAGUAAUUGAUCUCAAUGACAAAUUUACUCCGAGGAUGGAAACUCAGAGCAUGGAAGUGAAGUUGUACUAGAAUAGUCCCUCAUGUUAGUUUUUAAUGCAAAAGGAAAUAGAAAUGACAUCUUUAUAAAUGUACUGUUAAAAAAAAAGAACUAAUAAUUUACAUGUAAAUACUCUUCAGAUAAAGUUUGGGUUUACUUUCAAUAAUUACCUGUAUAAUAUUUAAAUAAAUCCUGUUCUACUUUUAA